AGUGAAAAAAAAAACAGAGCAAGAGACCACGACCCACUCACCCACAGAGAGUGUGUGUGUGUGUGUGUUUGAGGAGAGGGAUAGAGAGAGAUACAGAGAGAGUAGCAAGCAGCAAAAAUCUGAAGAAAGUAAAUGAGGGAAGAAGGAAUAAGCUCGUCGGGAGAUCCAUUACUCUUCCGCAAUUCGUCUCCUCGUCCUCCCACCCCCGCUGCCAGUUCUGCUGGGGCAUCAUCACCUGCUGUUGCCACUAAUGCUGGUAGUACAGAUUGGUUAGGUCAUGGUCAUGGUCAAGGGCAGGGGUCAAAAGCAGGUUCCCUAUCUCGAAUUGGCUCACAACCCAUGUGGAUUUCAUUGAGUGCAAGUGCAUGUGGUUCAGUUCUUGGCUCAUCUCAGCCUUCAUGUAGACCAUGGGAAAGGGGUGAUCUUUUAAGGCGAUUGUCUACAUUUAAGCCUGCAAAUUGGUUUGGAAAGCCUAAGGCUGCUAGUUCUCUUGCCUGUGCAAGAAGAGGUUGGGUGAAUGUGGAUAUUGAUAAGAUUGAAUGCGAGUCUUGUGGUGCCACCUUGAAAUACGUUGCUCCAGAUUCAUGGACUCCUACAGAAGGUGAGAAUCUUGGAGAAGAGUUUGCCAAUCAACUUGAUGAAGGUCAUAAAGUAAUUUGCCCUUGGAGAGGAAAUAGUUGUGCUGAAAGCUUAGUGCAGUUUCCUCCUACACCUCCAUCGGCUCUCAUAGGUGGCUACAAAGAUCGUUGUGAUGGAUUAUUCCAAUUUCUUUACCUCCCAAUUGUUGCUUCUUCCACACUUGAUGAAAUGAGGGUUUCUAGAGGCCCUGAAAUUGACCGAUUUUUGGUUCAAUCAUACACUUUCACCCCUGGUGAAUCUGGAUGUAAAGCAGACAUUGCAUCUGGUUCUGAGAAUAAUAAAGAAGACACCUUAUGCAUAUAUUCACGUGCUCAGAAGUUGAUAAGCCUUUGUGGAUGGGAGCCAAUUUGGGUUCCAAAUAUUCAAGACUGUGAAGAACAUUCUGCUCAAUCAGCUAGAAACGGAUAUUCUUUCAAAACCCCCCUUGUGGGCCCCACUCCCACAUCAAGAUCCCCUCUCUUAGACUGCAGCUUAUGUGGCGCCACAGUCAGAAUCUUUGACUUUUUGACCAUCACCCGCCCUUCCCGAUUCACCCCCAACACAACCGAUGUUCCCGAAACAAGCAAGAAAAUGACACUGACACGUGGUGUAAGCGCAGCAAGUGGAAUCAACGGAUGGGUAGCUGACCUUGAUGACGUGGCAGCCACAGGUGAAGGUAAGUCAAUGUCAAACAUUGGAGGUGUUGACUUAGAUCUCACAAUGGGAGGUGGAUUCUCAAUCUCAACCAAAACUAUACUAUCCGAACAAUACCAAGAUCCGAAUAACAUCGGUAAAGACUUAGCCAUCGGGCAGCCUUCGGGCAGCGAGGUCGGUGAUCGGGCAGCUUCAUACGAAUCCCGUGGGCCCAGCACCCGAAAAAGAAACCUUGACGAAGGGGGAUCCACCGUGGAUCGACCGCCACAUGUCGCGAUGCAAGCGGACAGUGUGGAAGGUGUUGUGAUUGACCGAGAUGGAGAUGAAGUCAAUGACAGUAAACACAAACGUGUACGCGAAUCCAAUGUGGGACCCACUCAGGUUGAUGGGCCCCACCAGCAACAACAAAAUGUUGGAAAUUCAACUCGGGCUUCAUCUGUUAUAGCAAUGGACACGCUUUACCAAAAUGAGGAUAAUGAUUCAAUGGAAAGUGUAGAGAAUCAUCCUGGAAAUAUUGAUAUUGAUAUUGAUAUUGAUAAUGAUAAUGAGGAUGUGAGUUUUAAUUUCAAAAGUCCGGAUUUGAAUGAGAAUAAUAAUUAUUCAGAUUUGAAUUUGAGUAAUAAUCAGGUGCAACAGAGCACGUGUGUAGGUAUGGUGAGGGGGCAGGGGGUGAGUAGUACUAAUGAUGAUGAUGAGGUUUUAAAUACAGAGAAUGAGAAUAGGGGGAGGGAGGUUCAUGGUGGGGUUAGUUUUGGAAUAAGUGGGGGGAGUGUGGGAAUGGGGGCGAGUCAUGAGGCGGAGAUUCAUGGCGGGGUGGAUGCUUCUGUUCAUAAUAGGGCGGAGAGUGUGGUUGGGGAUAUGGAGCCCGUGGCUGAAAUCACUGAGAACCAAGGGCAAAAUGGGGAAUUUGCUGCGGAUUUUGUUCCCGAAGAGAAUGAAAUGGAACAGAUGUCGAGGGCGGAUAGUGGGUCGAAGGUUGUGGGGUCCACGAAAGAGGAAUCUGUUGAAAGUGGAGAGAAUCAGAAGGCUAAUAAUAUUAUUAAUAAUAAUAAUAAUAAUAAUGAUAAUAAUAUUAAUAAUAAUAUUUCGCUUUCUUGUAAUGCGGUUUUGUGUUCUGGAUUUGAAGCCUCUAAAGAUGAGGUGACACAAGCGGGAAAGUCGUCUCCUACUGAUGAAUGUGGAUUCACAAACGGAAUCGGGCCACCAAAUGGAGAAAGCAACUUUGAAGAAGGGGUGGAGUUUGAUCCGAUUAAGCAUCAUAACUUUUUCUGUCCAUGGGUGAAUGGAAAUGUGGCUGCAGCUGGUGUUGUCAACACUUCAACCGGUGGUGGUGGUGGUUUGGCUCUUUGUGGGUGGCAGCUAACCCUAGAUGCUCUUGAUGGAUUCCAAACCCUUGACACCAAUCAAACUGUUGAAUCAGAAUCUGCUGCUUCUCUUUACAAGGAUGAUCGUCAAAUAUCUGGUAGAAAGCUUGUGGGGAGACACUCUCAUAGUAGAAACCAUGGACAAAAUUGAAAUCAUUGCCAAUUUGGUACAAGAAGGUUAAGGACUGCCCUUUUCAUGAAAGCUGUGGUUGUUUGAUUGAUAAGAUGGAUGGAUGGAUGGGGUUAUUAGUUAUAUGAAUAUGAAUAUGGUCAAUAUAUCGCCUUUUUUUUUUUAUCUGUUUUUCAACUUUAUUUUGUUUCUUAUAAUAUAGCACUACUUUACAAUAAUAAUGCAAACGUGGACUCUUUUAUAGGUAGGUUUAAGGAUUUAAUGUAAGACACUAGAAACAUAUUUGUUUGCUUCACAGCUUAUCCUUUCAAUCCAAGCUUUAUAUGGAAAUUAUUUCGAUAGUA